GAUGAAAUCAUGCACCAGGACGUGGUGCCCCUGUGCGCCGCCGACAUCCACGAGCAGCUGAAGAAGCGCUUUGCUUACCUGUCAGGCGGGCGGGGCCAGGACGGGAGCCCAGUCAUCACUUUCCCCGACUACCCAGCCUUCAGCGAGAUUCCGGACCAGGAGUUCCACAAUGUCAUGACCUAUCUCACUGGUAUCCCCAGCCUGCAGGAUGCCGGCAUCGGGUUUAUCCUGGUCAUAGACCGGCGGCAGGACAAAUGGACCUCGGUCAAGGCGUCCAUCCUGCGCAUUGCGGCAUCCUUCCCUGCAAACCUGCAGCUCGUGCUGGUUCUGCGGCCCACGGGCUUCCUCCAGCGGACACUCUCUGACAUAGCCUUCAAGUUCAACCGAGAUGACUUUAAGAUGAAGGUGCCGGUCAUAAUGCUGAGCUCGGUGCCGGAAUUGCAGGGCUACAUCGACAAGUCACAGCUGACUGAGGACCUUGGGGGUACCCUGGACUACUGCCACUCCCGGUGGCUGUGCCACCGCACGGCGAUCGAGAGCUUCGCCCUCAUGGUGAAGCAGACAGCUCAGAUGCUGCAAGCCUUUGGCACAGAGCUGGCCGAGACGGAGCUGCCCAACGAUGUCCAGUCAACAAGCUCGGUGCUGCGUGCACACACGGAGAAGAAAGACAGAGCGAAGGGAGACCUGCAGCUGGCGCUGAAGGAAGGACACGACAUCCUGGAAAGCCUCCGGGAGCCGCUGGCCGAGGCCACGGCGCGUGGCGUGAACCAGGACCAGCUGGACAACCAGGCCACCGUGCAGAGGCUCCUGGCACAGCUGAACGAGACAGAGGCUGCCUUUGACGAAUUCUGGGCGAGGCACCAGCAGAAGCUUCAGCAGUGCCUGCAGCUCCGGCACUUUGAGCAGGGUUUCCGCGAGGUCACAGCUACCUUGGACACUGUGACCCAGAAGAUGGCAUCUUUCACGGACGUGGGCAACAGCCUGGCGCACGUGGAGCACCUGCUGAAGGACCUGGCCAGCUUUGAGGACAAGUCUCGGGCGGCCGUGGACCGUGCCCGAGCCCUGGCACUGGAGGGCGAGCGGCUCAUGGAAAACAAGCACUACGCGGUGGACUCCAUCCUCCCCAAGUGCCAGGAGCUACAUCACCUGUGCAACCACUUCGCCUCCGAGGUCUCCAGAAGGAGGGGGCAGUUGAGCAAGUCCCUAGAGCUGCACGGCCUCCUGGAAGAGACUAUGAAGUGGUGUGACGAGGGCAUCUACCUGCUGGCCUCGCAGCCCGUGGACAAGUGCCAGUCGCAGGAUGGGGCCCAGGCGGCCCUGCAAGAGAUCGAGAAGUUCCUGGAGACAGGGGCUGGGCGCAAGCUCGGGGAGCCUGGCUUCUUGUACCAGGAGUAUGCGAGCAUCCUCACCCAGGACCUGCGGGAUCACGUGCAGAGGGUCUUCCAGAAACAAGAGAGCACCCAGGAAAUGUUCCAGCGGCGGGAGGCCAGCCUCCGGAAGCUGGCAGCCAAGCAGACACGGCCUGUGCAGCCAGUGGCCCCCCGACCCGAAGCGCUGACAAAGGCCCCUGACACAGCCCCAGGCAUCCGACGAGGCUCUGAGAUCAGCAGCUCCGACGGCAGAGCCCAGCGGCGGGGGCCCUACCGGAGGGCUAAGAGUGAAAUGAACGAGAACCGCCAGGGCCGGGGCGGCUCAGCUGGGGACGAGGAGGAGAGCCUGGCCGUGCUGCGCAGACACGUGAUGAAUGAACUGCUGGACACGGAGCGCGCCUAUGUGGACGAGUUGCUCUGUGUGCUGGAGGGCUAUGCCGCUGAGAUGGACAAUCCUCUGAUGGCACACCUCCUGUCCCCUGGCCUUGCCAACAAGAAGGGAAUCUUGUUUGGGAACAUGGAGGAAAUCUACCACUUCCACCACAGGAUCUUCCUGCGGGAGCUGGAGAACUACGCCGACUGCCCGGAGCUGGUGGGCAGGUGCUUCCUGGAGAGGAUGGAGGAGUUCCAGGUCUACGAGAAAUACUGCCAGAACAAGCCGCGCUCUGAGAGCCUGUGGCGCCAGUGCUCUGACUGCCCCUUCUUCCAGGAGUGCCAGAAGAAGCUGGACCACAAGCUGAGCCUGGACUCCUACCUGCUGAAGCCCGUGCAGAGGGUCACCAAGUACCAGCUGCUGCUGAAGGAAAUGCUGAAAUAUAGCAAGAACUGCGAGGGUGCCGAGGACCUGCAGGAGGCGCUCAGCUCCAUCCUUGGCAUCCUCAAGGCCGUCAAUGACUCCAUGCACCUCAUCGCCAUCACGGGCUAUGAUGGAAACCUCAGCGAUCUGGGACGGCUACUGAUGCAAGGCUCCUUCAGCGUGUGGACUGACCACAAGAAGGGCCACACCAAGGUCAAGGAGCUGGCCAGGUUCAAGCCCAUGCAACGCCACCUGUUCUUGCACGAGAAGGCGGUGCUAUUCUGUAAGAAGCGGGAGGAGAACGGCGAGGGCUACGAGAAGGCCCCCUCCUACAGCUACAAGCAGUCUCUCAAUAUGACCGCCGUGGGCAUCACUGAGAAUGUCAAGGGUGACAGCAAGAAGUUCGAGAUCUGGUAUAACGCACGGGAAGAGGUGUACAUAGUGCAGGCGCCGACCCCUGAGAUCAAGGCGGCUUGGGUGAACGAAAUCCGGAAGGUGCUGACAAGCCAGCUGCAGGCGUGCAGAGAAGCCAGCCAGCACCGGGCACUGGAGCAGUCCCACAGCCUGCCCUUGCCGGCGCCCGCCAGCACAAGUCCCUCGCGGGGCAGCGCAAGGAACAACAGGAGGCCGGAGGAGCGGAAAGCUGACCCCCUGGGCCUGGAGGGCUACACGGGCUCGGCGUUACUGCCCAAGCCCCCUGAGAGGGGCCCAGAGGACACAGUGCCCAGCUCCGCCUCUGAGAGCUCCAUGCUGUCAGGAAAGCACUGCGCCCCGCCGGGCUGUGCCGGACUCCAGGCUUCUCCUUCCAGUCCUGACAAAAAAGCUAAGAGACACGAAGUCAGGAGCGACCCAACUCCCUUUGGUCUGCGAGGCUGGAGUACAACGCCACACUCACCGGAGGCCCCGGAGGACGAUGGCAGCUGGUCCAGCGCAGAGGAACUCGGCAACUCGUCUGACGUGGAAGAAGAAGGAGGCACUGGGAAGCUGGUCCCCGGGAAAUACACGGCCACCGCAGACCUCGAGAAGACGGGCCCCGCCGCUCUGGCGGUGAGGAGCGGCGACGUGCUGGAGGUGGUGGAGGAGAGGGCCGAGGGCCUCUGGUACGUGCGGGACCUGAGCAGCGGCACCGAGGGCUGGGUCCCCGCGGGCAGCCUGCGCGUGCUGCUGGGCCGGCCGGCCUCGGCCCGCGCUCCCAGCAGCUCAGAGUCUAGCCCGGGCUCGGCCGCCCUGAGCAACUCGUCCAGCUGCAGCGAGGGCGGCCCCGCAGCCUUCUCGGACCUGCAGGGCUAGGGGCGAAGGCGAUGCCCUGAGGACCCCACGCGCAUGACCCGCAGCCUCGGGAGGUCCGGGCGGGAGACGCAUCGCCCCGCAGAGGCGCGUCCCGGACUCAGGAGAACAGCACGGGAACCGGGCUGGCCCCGCGGCCGUGAGCCCGCACACCCAUCACUGUGUUUACACGACUCACGUUUGAUAGCCGAUUUUUUUGUUCCCGGUUUACACGGAAACGCGGAGCAACAGGGGAGCGGCUGGCAGGGGAUGGCUGCGGCCUGGGGAGAGCGGAUGUACCCCCAGACCUUGCCACCGUGUGCGUGCCCCAGGUCUCUGCCUGCAGCCUUCUUUUCUACAAAAAGGACCCACACCACUUGGGUUUUUUUUUUAAGCUUUGUUUAAUUCGGACAGUUCUGUUGUUUUCCAAGACCGCGCCACGCUCCCCCUACCCCCCAGCCAAGGGUGCCCCAUCACCCUUAGAGCCUGCGCCAACCAGCGGUGGGUGACCCCAGCUCCUGCCACUCUGCGGGCCUCAGGCUGUUCUUUUGAAAUCUCUUCUGCAAAGCAGCGGGUGCACGUGGCCAGCUGGUGUGUGUGUCCAUGUGUGUUACAUGUAUGUUCGUGUGUCUUUCGUGCUGUCUUGUGACCUCAUCUCCUUCCUGCGGAGCAGCACUCCUGGGCACCCGCCACAUCUCGCCUGCCCUGGGCCCUGCAGCCCCUGGCCAUCCACAACAUCCAGCCCCGGGGAGACCCCGGGUGUGGGGCCGCAUGCCCACCCUGCUCCCCCAUGACCUCGUCCUCAGAAACACACUUUAACAGGUUCCAUUCCGGUUUUUGUUCCUUUUUUUACUGCUGAUGUAAAAGCAGUUGGAAACCCAGAGUCUAUGGGCUGGAUGAAGUUUGAGUGAAUUCUGGCAAGGGUGCAAUUGUCUGCCCCUCUGUCUCAGGCCCUGCCUCCAGAGCCCAAGCGCACCAUGGGGCAAGCGUAGGGCGUGGCAGGAGGCACGGCCCCGCCUGCCUGGUGGGGUGGGUCACUCGGCACAAGAAUCAGGGACAGCAAGGGAGGGCUGUUCCUGCUGGGCAGAGCUGGGUUAGGACCAGCAACGGCUUGGGCCAGCACUGGGCUGUCCUGUGUCCCAUCAAAGUUGGGGGUGGGGGAGAUGAGUCCCGGCUGCUCCACUUCUGAUCCCG